UAUUCAGUGUUAAUUCCUUGUUUCUUGAAAAUUGGUGAAAGAUUUUAGACAGCGAAAAUUUUAUACUUAAUUUUUUUUAACAUUACUCCAACUAAUGGUGCUUUUUAAUAAUAGCAAACACACAUAGAUGUUUCUACCGGGAUCAAGUAAAGCCGUACCCUAUAGUAUUGCACUUUUUCAGAUCGCAUUUGAACGCACCAGACUAACAGCUGUUUUCUCGUCGGCUGUGUCCUCUUCAUUUUCGGAGCUGAGAGGUAGAAAGAUCGAACAAAACUGUCAAUACCUUCACUGUCGCCGGUCUGAAAUGUCUUAUAGGAAAACUUUAUUAGGUGCUUCAUGCAGCCUUUGUGUGCACUCUCUCAGAGCUCUGCUGGCUUUCUCUCUGUGCUGCUUCAUAUCUGGAUACUCUGAAAAAGACAGAGCACAUAAUUUGUUAUCCAAAUAUCCUAUCAUUGAUGGUCAUAAUGAUCUAGCUCUAAGACUGAGGAUCCAUUACAACAACCAGCUGAGCAAGAUCAAUCUGACUCAUCUCACCAGAGUGGCCACCGAUAUCUCCCGCCUCAGAGCAGGCCAUGUGCAGACACAGAUGUUUGCAGUCUAUGUUUUGUGUGGGGCCCAGCACAUGGAUGCGGUGCGACUGACUUUGGAGCAAAUAGAUGUAAUCAGACGAAUAUGCACAGAAUACCCUGACUUUGAACUGGUCACUUCCACUCAGGAACUGAGGGAUUCCAUGACGAAGGGUAAAAUUGCUUGUCUGAUAAGUAUUGAAGGGGGCCACUCCAUUGAUAGCAGCCUUCCUGCGCUGCGCAUGUUUUAUCAGCUUGGAGUCCGCUCCAUGUCCCUCACUCAUUCCUGCAAUACUCCCUGGGCUGAAUCUUCUACAAACUAUUACAAAGUCUUUGUAAGGUCCAAUAAUAGCCUGACGACAUUUGGAAAGGCUGUGGUGGAUGAGAUGAACAGACUGGGAAUGAUAGUGGAUCUUUCCCACACAUCUUUUGAGACAGCGUCAGCCGUUCUGAACCAUUCCAAGGCUCCAGUCAUUUUCAGUCAUUCGUCCUCCUACAUGAUCUGUAACAACCCUCGUAAUGUACCUGACUGGUUGCUUCAAGAGCUGAAAGACAACAGAGGGCUGAUCAUGGUGAAUUUCUACAGCCCUUUUAUUUCCUGUCAGAAGAAAGCUACUGUUUCUCAUCUGGCUGACCAUUUUGAUUACAUUAAGGGCUUUAUUGGAGCUAAGUCAAUAGGAAUUGGAGGAGACUUUGAUGGUGGCACUAGCUUUCCGGUGGGAUUAGAAGAUGUCUCAAAGUAUCCUGUAAUAGUCCAGGAGCUCCUGAAGAGGAACUGGACAGAGGAGGACUUGGCUGAUGUCCUCAGAAAUAAUUUCCUGCGAGUGUUUGAGGAAGUUGAGAAGGUUCGCAAUGAGCUAAGCUGGAAGAAGCCAAGUGAAGAAGAGAUACCUCUAACAGAGGUGGCGAACAAAUGUAGAUUGGAACUCAAACAACCUAUAAUUCCCUCCAACCAGAGCCCAUCCUUAAAAGCAAAAGGACAUAAUUUAUUAUUCCUGGCCUUAGCACUGCUUUUUUACUUCUUUCCUUGACUGACUAAAUUUUGUCCUUUUCUUUAGUUCAGCUUUAUAUUAUGUAUUUGAAGGAUGAGUGCAUAUGUCCAAUCACAUGUCUAAUGUUCAUAUGAGUGCAGAUGUCCAUUAUACACUCAUAUUUCGUAGGUACAUAUGUACCUAUGCUUAUAGCAUAUAGUUACAGUAGUUAUUCACAUUUUUUUACAAUUAUCUUUUACUAGGGGUGCACUGAUUGAUCAGCCUGAAUUCCGUAAUUUUGGGUGAUCGACGAUCGACUAAUACUUUCGGGUGAAACUGAUCGUAACCACCGAUGUUAUCUACCUCUGUAAAGGUCUGAAAAUCAGUCACUGACCUCUUUUGCUCUGCUGUGCAAGAGGGUUGACUGACAGAUCCACUCACCAGGUCACAUCUGCAGGUAUUUGGUUAACAAUAGUCAACCAAAUACUAAUACUAAUACAGUCCUCUGUAUUGAUUUUCUCUUCAUAAAAGUAACUUGCGACAAAUGUAGUCAUUGGAAACUUUGGCAACAGUACCAUUUAUAAAGAAAAAAAAAGGGA